UGUAAGGUUGGUUGGUGGUAACAGUCGCUGUGCUGGUAGAGUGGAGGUUCUUCACAGAGGUCAGUGGGGAACAGUGUGUGAUGGUAGCUGGGAUAUGCCUGCUGCUGCAGUGGUGUGUAGAGAGCUGGACUGUGGAGAACCUGUAGAUGCUCUGAUUGGUGCUCAUUUUGGGCAAGGAUCAGGACCAAUCCGGAUGAGUGCUGUAUUCUGUACAGGAACAGAGUCUACACUGAAGAAUUGUGGAUCAGUAGGGUGGAAUAAACCUUACUGUACUCAUAAUAAUGAUGCUGGUGUAAUCUGCUCAGGUAAUACACACUCCAGACUUGCUGCUGGACCUCAUCUGUGUGCUGGGAGGUUAGAGAUACUUCAUAAUCAGACGUGGAUGUCAGUGUGUGACGCUGUCUUUGACCAGCAGGAUGCAGAGGUUGUGUGUAGAGAGCUGGACUGUGGGGCUCCUGUACAGGUGCUGGGAGCAGCUGCUUUUGACAAAGGAGACACUCAGAUGUGGACACAAGAGAUUCAGUGCAGAGGAAAUGAAUCUCAUAUUUCAUUCUGUUCAGUGUCAACAUACAAUCACAGCUGCACCAGUGACAAUAACGUUGGCAUGAUAUGUUCUGGUUACACAACAGCCAAACUGAUGACCGGUUCAGACUCUUGUUCUGGAAGAGUGGAGCUUCAGUUCCUCAAAGAGUGGGGCACAGUGUGUGAUGCAUGCUGGGAUAUGAGAGCUGCCAGUGUCCUCUGUAGACAGCUGAAUUGUGGGAUUGCUGUGUCUGUUGUGGGAUCAGACUGGUUUGGAGAGGGAAGUAAUGAAACCUGGGCUGAUGUGUUUGAUUGUGACGGGAAUGAAACAAAACUCUCAGAAUGUUCCAUCUCUUCAUGGAGUCGAGCUGAAUGUUCUCACAGACGAGAUGUUGGAGUCAUCUGCUCUAGUGAGAGGAUUUUAUUGAGUAAAAAUACAUACAAUACAUACUGCAACAUCUUAGUAAAAUUCUUCAUCUCCUCAGAUUCCUCUCUGGCUCUUCAUGAUGGUCUGGUGCGAUUGUCUGGAGAGAGACAGUGUGAGGGGGAGCUGGAAGUUUUCAUCCAUCAGGUCUGGAGGAGAGUUCUGCUGGACUCCUGGACUCUCACUGAAUCCUCUGUGGUCUGCAGACAGCUGGGGUGUGGCUCUGUGCUGAACUUCUACGGCUCCUCUUCAUCCAGUCCUGAACACAGUCAUGAGUGUGUGACGGGCUUCCAGUGCUCUGGGAGUGAAGCUCAUCUGGGGAACUGCAGCUCUCCACAAACUCUCAACUGCAGCUCCACACAACAGCUGUACAUCACCUGCCUUGGUGAGAACAACAACAUCUGGGCAGGUUCUUCAGUUGUUAGUGAUCAAUAAUGUGUUUUUCUUUCUCUGAAUAUCAGGCCGUGGGUCCAUCAGGCUGGUGGGUUCUGGGGGAGACUGUGCAGGGAGGCUGGAGGUUUUUCACAGCGGCUCAUGGGGGACAGUGUGUGAUGACU